AUGGCUUCACAGACAUACCGGGUUAUGAAGAGCCAGGGUACCCAGUCGUCCCCCGUGAACCCACGGAAGAGAAAGGCCACCACUCAGACAGGCCCGCGUCCUGACGUCGAGGCCAUUGAUUUGACGGAUGAUGCACCUACAAGCGCAAAGAAACCACGAGCUCAGACUCCUCAGAGCCAGAAUUCUCCCAAGAACAAUGAACGCCGAGCACGCAGAUGGCGAAAAGAGCCUCCACAAUCGUACCUGGAGCGACUGGAACGAAUCCGCCGGACAAGGAUGUACGUAAGUGGCCACACUGUGAGUGGCACAGAGGAAUGUCCAGAGUUUUCGUUCGACAUUGUCGGGUCAACUGGCAACAUCUACAAAGUUGUCAUCGGGAAAGAGCCGGCCUGCGAUUGUCCCGAUGGACGGAAAGGCAACCAGUGCAAGCACAUCUGCUACGUCCUUCUCCAUGCCUUCAAAGCGGCUGCCCACCUCCAGUACCAACUUGCUUUCCUGUCCUCGGAGCUCCGAGAGAUGUACCAGGACUCCCCUCUCAGCCGGAUCGAGGGCAUCAACGCAGAAGACAAGGAUGGCAAGCGCAAGCCCGUGGAAGGCGACUGUCCCGUCUGCUUCAUGGAGUUCGAACCCAAUGAAGACAUUAUCUGGUGCAAGGCCGCGUGCGGAAACAACAUCCAUAAGAAAUGCUUCGAACAAUGGGCUGCAACAACAAGCAACAGGGGUGUUCGCUGCGUUUACUGUCGUACCCCGUGGGGCUACGAAGACAAUGACAAUGACAUCGACAUCCAAGCUCUGAAGGCCUCCGGCAAACGCAACGACGAAGGCUACGUCAACGUAGCGCAGCAAUUCGGCUUGUCAGGAGAACGUGACUUUUCCGUCUACUCGCCUCGAUCAACUGUCCGAUGGUCGUCCUCUUAUGCGCAGCGUGGUGCUUUUAACCGCUACUAG